AUGCACGCUCUACGCUCGUUGAGACCUCUAGCUUUGCGCAAGUACGCUACCUCUGCGGUGAAUCGAUUCCAGGUUCCAGCGGCAAAUGUCGCUUUCAAGGGCAUUUCAUACUCAUUACAAUGGCUGAGGGACUCUUGUCAAUGUCCCCGCUGCGUGCACCCGUCUAGUCGCCAGAAGCUUCACCGUACGUCCGAUAUACCCAACGACGCCAUAGCCGAUAGCGUUAGGCUCUCCGACGACGGCAUCCACAUAACCUGGGCCCCUGGCCACUCUACAUUUUACUCGGCUGAUUUCUUAGAGCGAUACGCUUUCAGCUAUAAGCUGCAUGCGUUCCAUCGUGACGUAGACCCCUUACCUUGGGACAAGCCCCGGGUCCAGUCGGCUCCGGAUCUCUUCUUGGAAUAUCAAGGCCUCAGCUCACCCUCUGGGUUACUUCGUGCUCUCACACAACUUACACGCUACGGGCUGAUUUUCGUUACUGGCGUCUCUCCAGAUGAAACCUCGAACGACAAAUGUGAAGCACGUCGACUCGCCCAGCUAUUCGCAGAGAUACGAGAGACAUUCUAUGGAGAGAUGUGGGAUGUUGUGAACGUCAAGAAUAGCAAGAACAUCGCUUAUACUAACCUUCACCUUGGACUUCACAUGGAUCUUCUAUACUUUCAACAUCCCCCGCGUUACCAAUUACUUCAUUGUCUGCGUAACCGGGUGCAAGGCGGGACAUCCGUCUUCGUCGAUGCCCUGUACGCAGCAAACCGCCUGCAGGACACGCAUCCGCCCGAUUUUGACGUACUGACCAAGACGCUCGUUCCUUUCCACUACAUCAACAAUGGGAACCAUCUUCACCAUGUACACCCGACAAUAGAGCUCAAUCACGAGGACUACAUCCACACAGGUCGGAAGCGGGUCCAGUUCAUCAACUACUCUCCGCCGUUCCAAGCACCGCUACCUGCUUUGACUCCACACGAGUUUUAUUCCGCUCUCUCUAGAUUCACAGCCCUCCUCGAUAGCCCUGAGGCUGCCUUCGAGUAUACGCUGCGCGAGGGCGAUGCAAUACUCUUCGAUAACCGGCGGAUCCUACAUGCACGAACUGCCUUCAACGAUUUACCACGAAGCUUUCAGAACGAUAGCGAGGCAGACACAACGAACAGGUGGCUUAAGGGCUGCUAUCUGGAGGCUGACAAAGUAUUGAAUCGUCGGCGUGUGCUCGAGGCGAGGCUC